AUGAGUAUAUUAGUAAGAUUGAAAAACAAACUUCAAGAUCCAUCGUUAUCUGAAGCGAAGAUUCGAGAAUUUGAUGAGUGUAUGUUACAUCUCAAAAUUGAAAAUGUUGAAUUACACAAGCGUAUUGAUCAGCUCGAGGCAUUGUAUAAGACAAGUUUGAGAACUCAGCAAACACAUUUUUUUGAGGAAUAUAUUCGACAACUUGAACAAGAAAAUGAACGAUUAUUUGUUGAAAAUCGAUGUCAACGACAAGAAUAUGAACGUUUUCUUGAUCAACUAACAACAAUGGUGAUACAAACAGCGGUUAUGCAAGAAAAUAUUCGUGAAGAAUGCGCAUCCAUAUAUCAUAUAAUUGAACGAUUAUCAAUUUUAACAAUAACUACCGUUCAAACUAAAGAUCCCUUUGAAUUGAUAAUGAAACAAAGAAAGAAAAGUUUAUCUUGGGAAAAUUUAAAUAAAUCGUGUGAAUGUUGUUCAAAUCAUCGAAAAAUACCAAAAUUAACUAAAGAUUUAAUUCAUUCACCACCGCCACCACCAUCAUCAUCAUCAUCCAAUUCAUCAUCAAUAGUUAAUUUUUCAUUAUCAACAUCGAAUAGUUCGACACAUGAUAGAUCGUUUGAGAAUAAAAGUACAAAAGAUCAAAUUUUAUUUUCAAAACAGUUAAAAGAAGAAGAAGAACAGCAGCAACAAGUUCUUCAACGUUCCGAAACAUUUACAGUUUCAAAAUUACCCCAAGAAGAAUUAUCUUCAUCUUUGUUGAUGACAGUGAACGAUCCUAAUAGUCAACAUUCUUUUAUCUCUCGAACAAUAGUUCCAACAAAAUCACCGCCUGAUCGCCCUUCAAAACUAUCUUUACGGAGCUUAAACUCGAAAGCACAAGCAUCAAACAAUAAUCGUACUUCAUCGUUAAUACAAAAAGUGUCAAAGCUACCGAUUCGAACAACAAAUCCAGUAGUAAAUCAACAAUCGAAUUCAUUGAAAAAAUCAAAUAUUCCUAUAUCUACGAUGACAAAAACAAAGACUAAUGUAAAUUCACUAGCGAACCGUUCGGUUCCUCUAACGAAUAAUAAAAAUAUGAUAUUAAAGAAAACAAUACGACCACCUGCAACAAUUCAACCGCCACCAUAUAAAAUUCGAUCUCGUGUGACUACAGUCUCUGAUAAAAGUACUACUAAAACAACAGGUUCAAGCAAUAAAUUUACCAAAGUAAACAUUGAACUAGCCAAAUCCAAUGCUCCUAUUCAACACGUGAACUCAGCAUCCAGUGAUUCGAGUAUUGAAGAACAAGAAAAUAUUAAUAAACUCUUAUCUAUUCUACAAGACGAAGGAUAUUCUACAUGGUCAUCGAUUGAUGUAAAAGAUGAUGGAAUAGCACGUACUAUAAAGAAAAUUGAAAAUAAUGAUAAACAAGAAAAUAUUGGACUUGUUAACAAUUGGCUUGAUACAUCGAAAAGAUCAUGCUUGAAUAAACCGGUACACGAAGGUAUAGUUUAG